AUGGCUCCCGCUAACCUGCCCUCGGUCUUCAAUGCCACUUCCCAGGACAUUGAGAUGCUGCUUGCAGCUCAAGCCCACCUGGGAAGCAAGAACCUCCAGACUCACAUGGAGCCCUACCUCUGGAAGACCCGCGCCGACGGUGUCAACGUGAUCAACGUUGGCAAGACCUGGGAGAAGAUUGUCCUGGCUGCCCGCAUCAUCGCCGCCAUUGACAACCCGGCCGACAUUUGCGUCAUCUCCGCCCGUCCCUACGGCCAGCGCGCUGUCCUCAAGUUCGCUUCCCACACCGGUGCCGUCGCCAUCGCCGGUCGCUUCACCCCCGGUUCCUUCACCAACUACAUCACCCGUUCCUUCAAGGAGCCCCGCCUGAUUAUCGUCACCGACCCCCGCACCGACGCCCAGGCUAUCAAGGAGGCCAGCUACGUCAACAUCCCCGUCAUCGCCCUCUGCGACACCGACUCUCCCACCGAGUACGUCGACGUUGCCAUCCCUACCAACAACAAGGGCCGUCACUCCAUCGGUCUCGUCUGGUGGAUGCUCGCCCGUGAGGUCCUCCGCCUCCGCGGCACCAUCUACAACCGCGAGACCCCCUGGGACGUCAUGGUCGAUCUGUACUUCUACCGCGACCCUGAGGCCGAGGCUGAGGACAAGGUUGAGGAGGAGAAGCUCCCCGGCGUUGAGGAGGAGGGCCCCGCCGCCAUCGAGUCCGGCUUCCCCGCCGCUGGUGGUGACUGGGACGCUGCCCCUGCUGCCGCUGGCUUCACCGGUGCCCCCGCCGCCACCAACUGGGACGGUGCCGAGGGUGACUGGGCUGCCGCUGGCGCUGCCGGCACUGCUGGCGACUGGGCCGGCGAGGCCUCCGCCGCUGCUGCUCCCAAGGAGUCUCAGUGGUAA